UCACCCAGUGAUACAUCUACUUAACCAGUACCUAACACGCAACAACAACAACAAAUCGCCUUUGCACAUACCCGACGGCGACGAUGAUCGGCGAAAUGGAUGGGAGCAUGGUUGCAGGAUACUUCAGGGGCAAGACCAUCCUCAUCACCGGCUCAACUGGGUUCCUAGGAAAAGUGCUUGUGGAGAAGAUACUGAGGGUUCAGCCUGAUGUGAAGAAGCUCUUCCUCUUGGUCCGGGCCUCCGAUGUCGAAUCGGCAAAGCUUCGGAUUCAAACCGAGGUCACAGGGAGGGAGAUCUUUCAAGUGCUGAAAGAAAAACAUGGCAUGGGAUUCGAUAAUUUCAUCGAAGAAAAGAUCUGUCCUGUGGCAGGAGACAUCGUGUAUGAGAACUUUGGACUAGAUGCUGCCAGCCUGAGAGAAUUGGUUAAGGACGUAGACAUCAUCGUGAACGGAGCUGCAACUACUAAUUUCUCUGAAAGAUACGACGUAGCUUUCGACUCGAAUGUCCUGGGAGCGAAACACGUCUGCGCGUUUGCAAAGAAGUGUACUAAACUGAAGAUGCUGCUUCAUGUUUCAACUGCCUAUGUAGCUGGUGAAAAAGAGGGACUAAUACUAGAGAAGCCAUUCUUGAUGGGCGAGACACUAAGGGAGGGCACACAUUUGGACAUAGAGUCCGAGCUAGAUCUGAUCAAGGAGACCAGGAGUGAACUGAAGGCUAACUGUUCUUCAGAGAAGGCUGAGAGGAGAACCAUGAAGGAGCUUGGCCUCAAGAGGGCUCGGCAGUUUGGGUGGCCAAACACCUAUGUCUUCACCAAGGCAAUGGGGGAGAUGUUGCUGGGGCACCUGCGAGGCGACCUUCCGGUGGUCAUCCUCCGGCCGAGCAUCAUCACCAGCACCCUCAAGGAACCAUUGCCAGGAUGGAUGGAAGGAAUCAGGACAAUCGACUCGGUGGUCAUCGGCUACGCCAAGCAGACCUUGUCAUUCUUCCUAGUGGACCUCGAUUUGAUAAUGGACGUGAUUCCGGGGGACAUGGUGGUGAACGCCAUGAUGGUGGCCAUGGCGGCACACUCGGAGGAGCAAGCCCAGACCAUCUACCACGUGACGUCGUCGCUGCGCAACCCGGCGCCCUACGCGAUUCUCGCCGACACGGGCCACCGGUACUUCUUCGACAACCCGCCGUGCACGGGGAAGAACGGCGAGCCCGCCCGGCUGAAGAAGAUGCGCUUCUUCAGCACGGUCGCCCGGCUGAGCUUGUACAUGACCAUAAAAUACAGGCUUCCUCUCGAGAUGCUUCGGCUUGUGAACAUUUCGCUCUGCGGUGUCUUCUCGCAGCGCUACAACGAGCUCAGCAGGAAAUACAGAUUCGUCAUGCAUCUCAUCGAGCUCUACGCGCCAUACAGCUUGUUCAAAGGCUGUUUUGAUGACAUGAACUCGGAGAGGCUGAGGCUGGCGAUGAAAAAGGAGCAAGAUGACAAUGGGGAAUAUUGCUUUGAUUUUGACCCCAAGUCCAUCGACUGGGAUGACUAUUUCUACAACGUGCACAUCCCCGGUGUGCUCAAGUAUAUGCGUGAUUGAGAUAUGUUAAUUUAUCUGGACAAAUUUCUAGCGCAGUUGCCAGCCUUGAAAAUACUCUGUAUCCAUUUGUUAUGCAACUCUGACGAAAAUGUAUUUUACUCCAUUUGUCAUGCAACUCGGAUCCAUUAAUUCAUCCAUACGUUUGCAAUUGUACUUA